AUGGCCAACUACCUCGCCUCCAUCUUCGGCACAGAGCAAGACAAGGUCAACUGCUCGUUCUACUACAAGAUCGGCGCAUGCCGACACGGCGACCGCUGCUCCCGGAAACACGUCAAGCCGUCAUACUCACAGACGAUCCUCAUGCCGAACCUGUACCAGAAUCCGGCCUACGACCCCAAGAACAAGAUGAACCCGUCGCAGCUGCAGAACCACUUCGACGCAUUCUACGAGGACCUGUGGUGCGAAAUGUGCAAGUACGGCGAGAUUGAAGAGAUCGUCGUCUGCGACAACAACAACGACCACCUGAUCGGCAACGUCUACGCGCGGUUCAAGUACGAAGACAGCGCGCAGGCAGCGUGCGACGCCCUGAACAGCCGCUGGUACGCGGCGCGCCCUAUAUACUGCGAGCUCAGCCCCGUCACGGACUUCCGAGAAGCGUGCUGCAGGCUGAACUCCGGCGAGGGCUGCGUGAGAGGAGGGUUCUGCAACUUCAUCCACCGAAAGGAGCCCAGCGCAGAACUCGAGCGGGAACUCGAACUCAGCACCAAGAAGUGGCUUAAGGAGAGAGGCCGGGACGAGAGAAGCGUCACCAGAAGCCCGUCACCCGAGCCCACGAGGAAGAGAUAUUGA